AUGGGGCACGAUGAUGGUGAUACGUACAAGACCAUAGAGAUCAGAUUCAUCGACAGCUGUCGCUUCAUGGCAUCCAGCCUGGAAAAAUUGGCAAGCAACCUCAUCGGUGCAAAACACGGCAGGUAUAAAAUGUCAGCAGUGCGCGGAUUUAUGUCUGAAAUUUCGGAGCAUCGACGCCAACUGAUAGACAAGGAGCAGGUAAAGGCAAACGUACCAUCCAUGACCAAAUUCAUCGACAAAGAUGAUGUCUUCAGGCUGAUGCUUCGAAAGGGUGUCUACCCCUAUGAGUACAUGGAUGGCUGGCGACGAUUCGAUGAGACGGAACUACCUCCAAAGGAGGCUUUCUAUAGCAAACUGAACGUGAAGGGAAUUAGCGACAAUGACUACAAGCAUGCUCAAAAAGUAUGGAAGUGCAUCACUCUACGGGGUGCCGGAGUCAACAUGGGUGACUAUCCCAAUAUGUACCUCGUCGCAGACGUCUUGCUACUAACCGACAUCUUCCAGGGCUUUCGAGGAGUGUGUCAGGAGAACUACAAGCUCGAUCUAGCCCCCUUCUACAGUGCGCCUGGUCUCGCUUGGAAAGCAGCAUUGAAGUACAUGGGGAUCAAGCUUACGGAUCCCGACAUUCUCCUGAUGUUCGAAAAAGGUGUCCGUGGAGGAAUAACCCAAGCUGUACACAGGUAUGCUAAAGCCAACAACAAGUACAUGGGAGACCAAUACGAUCCGGAGUUUGAGUUGUCAUACUUGCAGUAUCUCAAUGCCAACAACCUCUACGACUGGGCUAUGCGUCAAGACCUGCCCACGCAUGAAUUCAAAAGGUCAUUGAACGUUAAGACCUUUACACAGAAGCGCAUCGAGAAACUCGUCGCUGACAACAAGCACAUCUACAUCUUGGAGGUUGACAUCGAUUAUCCAAAGAGCCUGCAUGACAAGCACAACGAGCUGCCCUUCCUACCGGAGCGAAAGGUGGUUCACAGGGUCGAGAAACUGAUACCAAAUCUCGAGCACAAGCGGAAGUACGUGGUGCACAUCAGAGCCCUUUAUCAAGCUUUAAAGCAUGGGCUCGAGCUUAAGAAGGUGUAUAGAGUCAUCCAGUUUAACCAGAAUCCCUGGCUGAGGCGUUAUAUCGACCACAACACGGGGCUUAGAACGACCGUCAAAAACGAGUUCGAGAAGGACUUUUACAAGCUCGUGAAUCUCUCGGUGUUUGGCAAAACUAUGGAGAACUUGAGAAACCAUCAUAACAUCCAGUUGGUUACCAACGAAAAGAAGUACACGAAACUCGUCAUGAAACCGAGCUUCAAGGGCGGGAACUACUUCAGCAGCCACCUCAUGGGCAUGGAAAUGUGUAAAACAGAGGUAAAGAUGAACAAACCGGUGUAUAUUGGCCAAGCCAUUUUAGACAACUCGAAAAUCGUAAUGUACGACUUCCACUAUGACUACAUGCAGCCGAAGUACGGUAGCAAGCUGCGGAUCUGCUAUAUGGAUACCGACUCCUUCUUAUACCACAUCAAAACAGAGGACUUUUACCGCGAUAUUACUGAUGAUGUAGAGACACGUUUCCAUACGAGCGCCUAUAGCAAUGAUGACAACAAACCUGUCCCCAUCGGUAAGAACAAAAAGGUCGUAGGUCUAAUGAAGGAUGAGCUUAAUGGUAAAAUCAUGACAGAAUUCAUCACUCUGAGAGCAAAGCUGUAUGCUUACAAGAGUCUCACGAAGAAGGGCGGCGAUCGCAAAGCGAAAGGUGUGAAGAAGUGCGUCACGAAGAAAUCCAUCACCUUCUAUCAGACUAUCAGACUAUCAGCACUGAUUAGAGGAUGGUGA